GAUGUACCAAACUUUGCCAUCAGAAGCCUUUGGAUCUGAAAGAUGAUAACACUGAAAAACACUGUCCCGUUACAGUGAAUCCAUGGCACAUGAAGAAAGCUUUCAAAGUGAUGAAUGAAUUAAGAAGUCAGAACUUGCUGUGUGAUGUGACGAUAGUAGCUGAAGACAUGGAAAUUGCAGCGCAUAGAGUUGUGCUAGCCGCCUGCAGCCCCUACUUCCAUGCCAUGUUUACAGGUGAGAUGAGUGAAAGCCGAGCAAAGAGAGUGCGAAUAAAGGAAGUUGAUGGCUGGACACUAAGGAUGCUUAUUGAUUAUAUUUACACUGCUGAAAUUCAAGUUACAGAAGAAAAUGUACAG